UCUUUAUCGCACGAAUCGCGUCACGUGAGGAAAGUUGCUUAGUCUAUUCCAGCUAUAAAUACAGUGCUGGUGAGAAAUAUGAGUCGAAGCCAACGUUGGGCGCCGCUGCAACGCGUGGGCGUAGUGGGUGUGCCUUUUGAGAAGGGCCAGAAGAAGUAUGGAGUGAGUGUAGCCCCCGCAGCCAUGAGGAGCGCCGGCCUCAUCGACCAACUUAAAGAAAUCGAGGGCCUCGACGUGGUAGACUAUGGAGAUGUGGAAGUCGCUCCAUGCGAGGAGAAAGCAAACGUGGACAACAUGGCUUGUCUACCCCAGGUGUCAGCUUGUAACAUGACAUUGUCAAAAACAGUAUCACGAAUCAUCAGUGACAACCGAGUGGCUAUCACUAUCGGUGGGGAUCAUUCUAUUGGAGUUGGAACUGUAGACGGCCAUUAUAAGGUAAACGAAGAUAUGAUCCUGAUUUGGGUGGACGCUCAUUCUGAUAUCAACACGAACAAAACAUCUUCCUCUGGGUCGGUGCAUGGUAUGCCAGUAGCUCUACUCGUCAAGGAAUUGGCUGAUUACUGGCCUUACCUCCCCACGAUGGACUGGCAGGUUCCCAAAUUUUCUAUCAAGAGCCUCGGAUACAUAGGUCUUCGUUCCGUGGAUAACUACGAGAGACUUUUAAUAGAGAAGUACGAGAUCCCAGCUUUCGCAAUGGAGGACAUAGACCAGCACGGAAUACAGCAGUCUAUAAAGCAUGUUCUACGGACAUUAGACCCUGAGAGCAAGCGACCGAUCCACGUUAGUUUCGACAUUGACUCCCUGGACGCUUUAGAAGCCCCGAGCACCGGCACUCCAGUGCGAGGUGGACUGACUCUCCGUGAAGGAAUCUGCCUGAUGGAAACCAUCCAUAGCACCGGGCGCCUCCGUGCCAUAGACCUGGUGGAGAUCAACCCAGCUUUGGGCAGCGACGCAGACCGACGGCGUACCAUCGAAGCUGGUCUCUGCAUCCUUAAAGCAGCUCUAGGGUUCUCAAGACGAGGCACCGCUCCUAGAGGAGUCUUGGAUCUCCCUGGCAAAAUAAAUGUAAAUUAGGUAUCGACUAAACACAGGCAACAUUCAAAAUAUCUACCUACUCCUGACGAGUACUUCAGUUAUUGUAUUGUAUAACAUAAAUAGCUUAGAUUAUGUCCAAAUGUCGGGAAAGGUAAAAAAUGGUAUGAAGGAAAGGUUCCUUUUGUAUAAAAAUAUCCAAAUAGCAACCAUAAAUAUAUUGUUUAUAAGUAGAUAACUAGCCUUGGUAAUUCAGUGAUGUGGCCUUCCCGGGAAUGUACUCAAUUUAAAAAUUCUAAUAUGUAGUAAGGACACUAGCGGCUUUUCUUUUUCAAAUAGGCUACUUGACAACUUAGUCAAAUGAGAUACUUUUUACGAAACGUCCUGUGACGUCAUCAAUAAAAGCUGUCAAACAUCGUACUCAUUGUCACUUAAUUCAUAAAUAAAAUUCUAUAAUAAGUCGAAAGGUAAAA